CGACAGGCUUUACGACACCAUCUACUCGCUUUACAACUGUUUUGGAGGCUCAUUCAAAAUGGAGUAGAUCUUGAAGAAGUUAGGGUCAGCGGAUCUAGCUUCAUUUUCGCGUGGGUUUUACAGCAGUAUCUUGUUCCUUAAUAGAGUAUUUGUAGCCUCAGAAAAAUGACAGAAGAAAAGAAGACGGGCUCUUUGGGGUUCUUCUCGAGCUACGACGAUUUGAGCGACAGCAGCAACGACAGCGAUUCGGAUGACCAGGGGGGAAGCCGAAAGAAGAAAGCGGGGACCGAAGCCGAGGGGAGCGCUCGGUCCUCUCUACCGGGAACCAAGCGAGAUGCCGGCGGAGCUCCGUUACCCAAACCCGACGAGCUGUUUCGCUCCGUGUCCAAACCCGCUUUCCUCUAUAACCCGCUGAAUAAGCAAAUAGACUGGGACAGCCUGACGGUCAAAGCCCCGGAGGAGGCUGCCAGAGAAUUUAAGCCGUGGAAGACAAAUGCCGUGCCCCCGCCUGAAAGUUACACUGCAGAGCCAGAGAAGAAGAAAGGACCUCCCCCUGGAAUGGACAUGGCUAUAAAGUGGUCCAAUGUGUACGAGGACAACGGGGAAGACGCACCGCAAGCUUAUACAGGCAAAGCUCGUUUUCUACCUGAAGAAGAGCAACCCUCAGACUCUGAUGAGGAGUCAGAGAAGCCAGGGCUGUCUGCCAAGAAACGGCGAGUGGAGACCUUCCAGCAGAAGGAGAAGAGGAAGAGGGACUUUGGACAAGCCACAUCUGACAAGAACUUUGUUGAAGAAGAGAAAAGGAUCCUCAGGCAAAAGAUUGAGUGAGGACCAAACUUUCUGCACCCAGGAAAUUGUCUGCAAUGUAAAUCUUUUCCAUCAGCAGGGAGCAUUCACUGCAUUAGAGCAUGCAAUCAUAGAGCGUUGUUUUAUCUGUAUGUACAUGUUUUAAUUUGAAGCAGUAGUUUGUUUUUUCAAGACUGUGAGCACAUAAGAAUUUUUUGAUUUGAUUCAGUUUGCAACAUUGUUAGCAGUGCUUAAAUUUAUCAGACCAGCUGCCAUAAGCACAAGAACAUCUGUGAAAAACUUGUUUAAAGCUCAAACUUGUUGUAGUUUUUUAGGUAAAUGACAAACUGAAUUCACACUUUUAUACCCAAGUCUGAGCCGGCACACUGAACUACAAUGACAAGUCGGAAAUGAUCGAUCCCGCUACGAGGCCCAAAUUAUAAACCACUAACACCAUUGUUUCUGUUCAGGAGUGCAGGUAAAUAACUUUGAGGUGGCAUCUUAAUCAAAAAUAAUAAUUUACUGGGUUUUUUCUGCUUUUCAGUAAAACAGUUUGAAAAUUGCUGGAAAAAAUAGUUAUGUAUUUAACACUAAAAAUAUAAUUCAGAAUAAAGAUGGAUUAUCUGUUACAGAAACAUAAAAUGAUUUUGGUAAUUCCAAUAUCUUUCAUUUGGGGGAGCUGUGGUAUAAGCCUUACUCUGGGUAGUGGUCUAAUAAAUCUUUUAAGCACUGUAUAUCAUGUAAUAUCAAAAAACAUCAUUUGAUGGCCCCAUUGCAAAGGCUAAAGGCUAACAGCUGUGAUUUUGGACUUAAUAACAAGCUAAGGGGGUAUUUUAAAGGCACAAUGAUAAAGGAUAUCACAGCUGUACAAAAGUGAUCAUUUCCAAACAAUUAACGUUGUGAGAUUGUUCUUGUUUGACUCUGCUGGACUUCAAUUAUUCACCAGGAUUGUUUUUAGUCAUAGCCAUUAGGCCUGAAGGCCAAAACAUGUUGACUUGUAAGUGUGUUUACUUCCUGUUUUAUAAAUUUAAUUAAGUAUAAUAACAGUGAUGUUUGGCUGUGGUGGGUUACUUGGUCUGUACUUUGUUUUGUGUUGUAUACUCACUGCCCAUUCACCACCAAAAUAUGAUUGUGUGUUGUUCUUUGAAAUCUGAAAUUGCACCAUUCCCCUGUUGUUCCUGCUUAUGGCCACUAGAUGUCGCCUUUAGGCUACACUGAAACUCCAUCAAUGUUUAUGGUGAGGUCAGCUGUGUGACUGCUACUCAAAUUACAAUCAGGAGCUGUGUAUAUAUGUUGUGUCUGUCAAAAAGGGAGUGGCAAUCUUUGAUUUGGAAGUUUGUGUCGUCUCAGUUUUCUUGAGGUGCUUGUUCCAUUCAAACUGUUGAUUCAGUGUCAUGUACCAGGGACUACAACAGGAAAUAACCUCCUAUAUGUUUAUUUAGACUACGUCGAGUAUUGGAACACGUAUUUCUUUGUGGAUCUUUUAUUUCUUCCAGCAAUUCUCUGAAUUCAGUGUUACGGUAUAUUUAUAGCUUUCUGGGCAACAUAAACCAUUGAGGCAAUAAAAUUGUUUAUUGAAAAGAGUCAUUUA